AUGAGUUCAUUGUAUUAUGCGAAUGCUUUAUUUUCGAAAUAUCAAGCCGCAAGUUCGGUUUUCCCAUCCGGAGUCUUUCCCGAGCAAACUUCUUGCGCUUUCGCCUCCAACACCCAACGAACGGGUUAUGGGGCCGGAUCCACUCCUCCCUUCGCCGCUUCCAUGCCCGGGCUCUACUCCAGUGGCAGCGCCGUACACCCCCAACCCCCCAGUAUGUAUUCCUCUGGUUAUGGCCUGGAACCCGGCUCUUUCAACAUGCACUGUUCCCCUUUUGAACAAAACCUCUCCAUGAUGUGCCCGGGAGAUGCUUCCAAGCAGAAUUGCAACAAAACGGACCAGAGGGACUCAGAUAUGCAAAACGACACUAACUUCCGUAUCUACCCCUGGAUGAGGAGCACAGGCACCGACAGAAAACGCGGUCGCCAGACCUACACAAGGUACCAGACCCUGGAACUGGAGAAGGAAUUCCACUACAACCGCUACCUGACGAGGAGGAGACGCAUCGAGAUCGCCCACGCCCUGUGUCUCACCGAGAGACAGAUCAAAAUCUGGUUCCAAAACAGGCGUAUGAAGUGGAAAAAAGAAAAUAAAACUACCUGCUCUGGCUCCAACAGCCAGGAAAAACCAGAUGCGGAGGAUGACGAAGAAGAAUGAAAGAAGAGAGAGGUGGAUGGCUGGCUGGAUGGCUGCAGGAAAC